AUGGGUGCAGUCCCAAGUCGCGAGACCCUCCAGCGCGGUCUCUACCAGCUGCCCGACUACGGCCAGCGGCACCGCAUAGUCCUCAUCCCCCUCACGAAGUCGUUUUUCCCCUCCGCCGACUGUCUGCUGCUGCGGCAACUCUUCGACGCUCGCUGUGAUCCGUUUGUCCGGUACUACCACGCCUACGACGAGCACUUUCGGCAGACGGAGCAGGACAGUGCAGCUGGCGCCGUCGAAGAUGACGUGACUCACACAGCGGAGAGGAAUGGGUGGCGCGCCGAUGCAUUCCCGUCCAUGGAAUGCACACUAGAGGAGUUCUACGAGGCGUAUGUCUGCCGUGCAGGGGAGUCGUUGCUCUUUGACACCGAUGAGGAGAUGAUGAGCGCGCACGCGAAGCGUCCGCACCGGCUGCGGCCUGUGCCGUGUGCUGUGGCGUUUGCGUACAACCGUGAACCCGCUACGGCACACAUGGACCGCGGUAAGCAGGGGGCUAGCGGCGGGCUGCCCCAUCCACCGGAGGACGCAGAAGGCGGCGAACCGGGCAGUACUGUACCCCUUGAAUUGAACCACACGUACUCCUCACCAACAAGCGAUACCCCUGCACUGAAUGAAAGUGUAGAGAUUUGCGGCUGGUACGUUCAGGCGGUUGGCUUCGUCGGUGACGUGAAUGCCCUUCGCGUGGACGUGCUUGGUGAUGAUCUCUUUGAGAGUGAUUACCAACUGCAGAUCUUCAUGAACAAAUCUGUCGGUGACCACAACUCGAUGCAUGUCCUCUUUACUGCUAUCUACACCUAUGUGGCGCAGUGGAGAGGAGCUGUAAUGGCAGGAAAAAGGGGAGAUGCUGGUGCGCUGCUUCCCACGAUGAUACAACGGGAGCAAGAGAAGGAACAUUCCUCAUUUCCUGGCGAUAAAAACUGGUCAAUGCCCCCCAUGAGGUCUGUGAGUAUGCUGAGCAGGCGGGCGAAUGUUCCGAUGUUGUGCUUCCAGCGCGGUGUAAGGGCUAUGCUCAUUGGUAUGGGCUUUAGCAAAGAAGUCAAGAGUAACAGUUAUAAUCUAGGCAGUAGCGGUGGUGAGGGCGGCAUGCGUGUGGGCGGAGGUGCCGGUGACGAUGCGUCUCGGCGUACAAGCAAUUAUACAGCUUCGGGAAGAGUUGAAGCAGCGUCAACUGGUGCAGAGACGGAAGGGGAGGCAAAUAUGCGAUAUCUUGAUCAGAUUGCCGCGGAAGAUCUCAUGAUCACAUGGGUAAAAAACGACUAUGUCUUCGCGCAGCUCUCUGAGGAUGUUGCGUCUUGUUCAGUUCGUUAUGUUGUGGAAUGCAUUUGCCGUCAUGAGCACCCUCUGGACUCGUUGCGAGCGCGGCGUAUGCUUCUUCAGCGCUCGGAAGGAGCGGACGCAACAAACAUUCAGCGUUCGCCACUUCGCACCGACGGCAGUGGCCAAGAUACGACGUCUUCACCUACUUCAGUGCAGAAUAUGGAUGAACCUGUCAGCGAACGGGCAAUUCGAGCAGCGAGAAGCAUGGGCAUUGCUGGCAUUGCCGUCCCGCAGCUACGGGAAGAGUCGGUGGUUGUCGAGGAGUGGCCUGAAGAGGGAAUGGACUUGACUGCUCUCGUCAACAGCGCCGACGCGAAUACACAUUUCUACUGGGUCAUUGGAAACUCUGAGGCGGCACGGGUAAGUGCUGCCGCAGCGUUCGCAGCGUGGGAGGCGAGCGGGUGGCCCGUUGAUGUUGACAAUUCCAGUAACCAAAUCAUUUCUGCAGGGGACACCGCUACGCCACCGAUGAUGGCGAUUGGUGAGUCGCUGCACCUUUUGGCACUUCCACGUAAGGCGGAUGAGGAGGAGACGGUGCGCAAGGAGCUACCACACACACAGCGCGUGCUGCGGCGUGGCUUCUUUCCACUGGAGGAGCUCCUGCUCGCUGAGCUGCACAACGCCUGCAAGUGGGCUCGAGAGGCGGAUGUGUACGCAGAGAAUUGGGUGCGCGUCAAGGACGCCGAGCAGCCGCCCGCAUCCGUCCGCCUCACGCCGGCGCCUGACGGGGCAGUCGACGGCUCAACGCCGGCUUUGGCCGCCGCUGUGGCGCGACUCGUCGGCGAUGGCCCGCUGUGCCUCUGGCGUGUCCCGCUCAGCACCGGUGCGGUGCGCGUUGUGGCCGUCACACCACAGUUUGCAAGGCCUCCGCGGAAGAAGCGGGUACGACGGAGACCUGCACAUCGCCCAUUGAACGCAGAGCCGAAGGUGGGGACUACCACGCCACAAACAGCCACCAAACCAAUCGCAGUGACAGUGCAGCCUGCCACGGCAACUGUGGACCCCUGCAGCCACGCCUCCCUGUCGUUACCGACAGCGUUGCCGGUGCCUGAGCUGCCGUCACCGACAAGUGUGGAUCCGUGCACGACCGCGAUCCCUGUUCCCGACGGACGACAUUUUUUCCAACCCAGCGGCCCUUCGCACCUGCAAGUGCAAGAAAAACAACAAGAACAACAACGACGACAAGAACGACAGAAUCAGCUGCAGUUUCAACAACAACAACAACAACAACAACNACAUCAUCAUCAUCAUCAUCAUCCACGGUAUGCAACACCGCCUCCACCACCCCUCCGCCACAACCAGUAUAUCCUUCAAUACCACAGUCGCACAAUUAGCGAUGGCAUUCGGGUAUCGUUUCGCGGGUCAAAUGUAGAUGCANCCGCCACAACCAGUAUAUCCUUCAAUACCACAGUCGCACAAUUAGCGAUGGCAUUCGGGUAUCGUUUCGCGGGUCAAAUGUAG